UUGUGACAGAAGAGGAAUACAGUUACAGUCGCUCGGAUGGACAAGUGCAUUCGUUGGAGAAAAGUGGAUUUCAAUUCUAAGAAACGGGAUACUUCCGCUCUUUGGAUGAAAGUUGCGGUUUUGAAGGGUCUCGGCUUGGCUUCAACCAUCUGAUGGAAGUCUUCACGGAGUAUGCCUAUAAUGAAAGCUUCUUUGAAAAUGGGUCCCGGGGCUUCAAUGGCACGGAACAAGGGGGGCGGCACCAGUACAAUUAUUACGCCAUGCUUCUCACGCUGCUCAUUUUCGUCAUUGUCUUCGGCAAUGUGCUGGUGUGUAUGGCCGUCUCGAGGGAGAAAGCCCUGCAGACCACUACCAACUACCUGAUAGUCAGCCUGGCUGUGGCUGAUCUGCUAGUUGCUACACUUGUAAUGCCAUGGGUGGUUUACCUUGAGGUGGUGGGAGAGUGGCGGUUCAGCACAAUCCAUUGUGACAUCUUUGUCACCCUGGACGUGAUGAUGUGUACAGCGAGUAUACUCAAUCUAUGUGCCAUCAGUAUCGACAGGUACACAGCUGUAGCCAUGCCUAUGUUGUAUAACACACGCUACAGCUCCAAGAGGAGAGUCACAGUCAUGAUUUCUGUCGUCUGGAUUCUGUCUUUUGCUGUAUCAUGUCCACUGCUGUUUGGACUCAAUAAUACUGUCACCCAUGAUGAUGCUCUGUGUGUGAUCGCAAACCCUGCAUUUGUAGUGUACUCCUCCAUUGUAUCCUUCUACGUUCCCUUCAUCAUAACACUGCUAGUAUACGUGCAGAUCUACGUAGUACUGCGAAAGAGACGGAAACGUGUCAACACCAAAAGCACAUGCCCAGUUACAGACAUGGAUAUGAGCUCGACUUUAAAGAAAUGCACCCACCCUGAUGAUGUGAAACUGUGCACUGUGAUCGUCAAGUCCAGUGGGAAUUUUCCUGUGAACAGCAAAAACGUGUGCCCACCCAAGCCUGAAUUAUUACCUCUGCGUGCUUUAUUUUCAGGUGUAUUUAUCAUCUGCUGGCUGCCGUUCUUCAUCACGCACAUUGUGAACACUUACUGCCAAGUCCCUCCUGAACUUUACACUGCCUUUACGUGGUUGGGCUAUGUGAACAGUGCUGUAAAUCCCAUCAUAUACACCACUUUCAACAUAGAGUUUCGCAAAGCUUUCAUUAAGAUUUUACACUGUUGAGAGAGAACUCACUUCCCCGGAGCUGAAGGGAUAGAAAUGAUACCU